AUGGACGCGUUCCACAAUCUCCUUCGCGAAGCGGCGAACCCGCGCCACAGUACGGCCGCGAGCUCCUCCUCGUCCCCGCUACGCGCCUCGGGCAGCCUCUUGGCAAGCUCAAGCGCCGCGCUGUCGUCCAUGGGCAUGACACCUCCUCAGCUCGGCGGUGCUGGCCGCAGCGGCAUGGGUCUGCCCAUGGGCAUGGGCAUGUCGCUGUCCAUGCCGGGGCUACAGACUGUCGGGAACAACGGCCUGGCGCCGAUCCACGGCGGCCGCCUGGCGUCGCAGAUGGGUACGAACUCGAUGUUGUUCCCGAGCUUGGGGAGUACGACGUCUAUGACUGUGCCGAGCGCGGGCACGGGGUCGUCCACGACUUCCAGUGGAGCGGCUACAGCUGCCGCGAAAGAGAAGAAGACGACCAAGAAACGCAAAGCCCCGAGCUCCAACGCGGACGGUGAGUCGGGCGAAGACGGCCGCAAGCCGCCCGAGGAGUACGAGGACCCCAAGGCAAAGCGACGGGCUCAGAUCGCCAAGGCCGCGCGCAAACACCGGCAGCGCCAGAAGGACGAGCUGAUUGCCUUGCGGGCCAAAGUGAAAGACCUGAAGGAGCAGAUUGAAGUGCUGCAGUCGUCGGAACCAUCGGAACACAACACGGAGCUGGGCUGGAAGCAGGAGGCCGAGCAGCACGCUGAGAUCCGCGCGCGCGUGGACCAGGAGAACGAGUUUCUGCGCAAGACGUUGAUGGAGCAGAUGAAGUUUAUCCAGCGACUGCAGGACUAUUUCACCAAGCAGCCGUUGCUCAACAUGCCGUCGCUCGACAUGAUCCUGAACUCGUCGUCCUCUGCUGCGACGACGCCGACGGCACUGUCCAAUGCGAUUUCGGCAGUGCCGUCGGUUCUGCAGCUGCAGUCGGGGUCGUUCCGUGAUCGACUGAUUGAGAUGACGUCCGGGGCGAUGACCAUUGCGGACAAGCAGCUCACCGCGUGCGAGGCGGCCUUCCGCAACCCGAGGACAUCAACGAUGACGUACUUUGGUCUGCAGGUCCAAUACGAAAUGGGUAAGAACGAAAUGGGCAUUUACUUCCGCCACAAUCUGUUUGGCUGCGACGCGACCGUCGUGAUGAACGAUCUCUGGUCAGUCACUGGCGAUGCCAGCUACGAGAAGGGGUUUCCGUUCACAGAAGCGGCCGAGGUGGUGGACGAGAUUAAUCCCAACACGAAGUACGUCCGCCGAGUGGUGAACCUCACGAUGUCUAGCGAUGCGGCGGUUGGCGGAGGCGUGAUGAAGGAAGAGAGCUUGACGAUCAACCAGAAACGCGACAACCCGGACGGCAGCUCGUCGAUGGUUUCUCAGUCCGUCAUGGACGAUCCGAACCACCCUAAGCUGCCGGGCCACUUCCGUCGCAACGCCACCACCGCCGUGCUCUUGAAGAACUUCAACGACUCGUCAGGCCAAGGGUGUCUGCUGCUGUGGUCCGUGAAAGUCCAGCUGGACAAGGACCCGGAGGAGCGUGUGAAGAACUUCAACAUCCCGGAUAUUAUCCUGAAGAACCUAUUUGAAGUCGCGCCGGUGUUUGUGAAAGGUAUCGUGGAUCGUGCGCGUGGAACGUUACCCCAAAGCUAA